AUGAGUGCUUGGUUCUUAAGAUUGAACAAUAACCUGCUCAUGUUGUUUAACGAAUUUUCGCUUCAGGAGAAUCCAGAGAUUUACCUAGACACAGAUAACAUAGUCUCUCAAGGAUAUUCUACAAAUUUUCUUUCUUACGAUAACGAAGCUAAUAGGACCGAGUCGUUGCCAACGAAUGCUACGUUGGAGUAUAGCCAAGAUGUGUCUAU